AUGCUGAGCCCCGAGCGGCUCUCGCUGCCCGGGCCCGAGUACCUGGCUCAGCGACAUGUCCUCACAUACAUGGAGGAUGCAGUGAGCCAGCUGCUGGAGAACAGAGAAGAUAUUAGUCAGUAUGGCAUUGCCAGGUUCUUCACUGAAUAUUUCAACAGUGUGCGGCAAGGAACACACAUUUUGUUCCGUGAGUUCAGCUUUGUUCAAGCCACCCCUCAUAACAGGGCGUCUUUUCUUCGGACCUUCUGGAGGUGUUUCCGAACUGUGGGGAAAAAUGGAGAUUUGCUGACAGCACAGGAAUACCACUGCCUGCUGCAGUUGCUCUGCCCUGACUUCCCAAUGGAACUCACUCAGAAAGCAGCAAGGAUUGUGCUGAUGGAUGAUGCAAUGGAUUGCCUGAUGUCUUUUUCUGAUUUCCUCUUUGCUUUCCAGAUCCAGUUCUACUACUCAGAGUUCCUGGAAAGUGUGGCUGCCAUUUAUCAAGACCUGCUGGCUGGUAAGAAUCCAAAUACUGUGAUUGUACCAACAUCAUCCUCUGGGCAGCAUCGGCAGCACCAGCCCCCAAAUGACUGCAACCCACUCGAAGGAGUAGAGGCAUCUCUCUUCUAUCAGUGCCUGGAGUCCUUGUGUGACAGAUCAAAAUACAGCUGCCCACCUUCUGCUCUUGUGAAGGAAAUGCUGAGUAGCGUGCAGAGAAUGACCUUCUAUGGAUUCCUUAUGGCUCUUGCAAAGGAUCAGGGAAUCAAUCGAGCCCUAGGGGCUCUGCCAGAUAAAGGAGACUUGUUUCUGGACCCUGCCAUGGAUCAGGAACUUGAGAAAUUGGUAGCUCAGGUUUCAGGGCUUUCCGUCUCUGGUUCUGCCAGCUCCAACGCAGACACAGUAAAUAUGCCCAUUCGUAAUUCACCCAGGAUUAACUCACCUUGGAAACCUCUACACCAUCGUCGAAAAAUGGAUGCUGAGAGUGAAGGCUCCAAUGAAGAGACAGACUCCUCUGAAAACUGA